AUGGAGGAGGAGCCAGCGGAGAUAAGGAUGAUGAUGGCGGAGGAGAGUAAGCUGACCGGUGAGGGUAAGAAGAUGAAGGUCAUGGUGGCAGUCGACGGUAGCGAGGUGGGCAUGCACGCGCUGACAUGGACUCUGGACAACCUGAACGUGAUGAUGCAGCCGGUGGGACCAGCUGUAUAUGCGACACCCUCUGUCAGAGAUUCUGUGAAGAAAGCUCAAGAUCAGAACUCGGCGAUUGUGAUAUCUAAGGCAGUGCAACUUUGCAAAGAAAGGCUGGUUGAGCCUGAAACAAUGCUUUUGGAGGGAGACCCAAAGGAUGUGAUAUGCCAAGCUGCAGAGGAGAUGCAUGCUGAUCUUCUCGUUGUAGGAAGUCGUGGUCUUUCCAUGCUCAGGAGGGCAUUUUUAGGCAGCGUCAGUGACUAUGUAGCGCACCAUGCAAACUGUCCUGUGCUCAUCUCAAAGCCACCCAAAUCUCAUAGCAAGCAUGAAACUGCGGCAAGAGAGGCAACAGGGGCGGCGUAGGAGGCUGGAUGCCCGGGGUUGUG